GAUUGAAAAGGAAAAAUUAAAUUAAACAAAUAAAAUAAACAAGCGAAUGAGAAAAUCGCGAAUUAGCUAUUAAGCGGAUAAACCAACAAAAAAACAGCAAUUCGGUUAACUUCCAAUCCGGCAAACCAGCAAUCUGGCUAACCUCCCAUCCGGCAAACCUCCAGCCCGGCAAACUUCCAACUUUUACCUUAACAAAAAGAAAAAAAUAAUGAGAAAGGAGUGAACAUAUUGGCAUAAACAAAACAAUACAUAGGGAGGAACGCAAACCCGAAUACCGUAAGGCAGCAAAGCGGCGAACUGGCGAAGCGGCUAAGCGGCUAAGCGGCCAACUUAUGAGUCCCUUUUCGCGCGCCGGGCACCCAGCCCACAUACAUACGCGCAUCUGUAUAUACACCCCUUUGUGCGUACAUUGGCAUAUAUGCAAUUAUACGCGUAAAAAACAUGCCGCGUGUGAGGGGCGCCAAUGUACGUAUGGCCCCCCCUGUGAAAAGCUCACCCCCUCAUGCGCAUUUCUCUUUCCCCCUGCAGAUAUACCAAUCGGAGCAGCGCAACCAAAUCGACUACUCAUUUUGGCAGAUCUCCCAAAACAAAAUAUACCCAUCAGCAAAAACGUGCAGUCCAACGCGUACGCAUGCCAACCUGUAGGUAGAUAACCAAAUAAGCAACACAGGCGUAAGCAGAGUGAACCUCACACCACGACAAUAAAAUAAAAAAAACGACUCCCCUAAACGACGUAAAGGACGUAAACAAAUUCGCGCACGACGCAAAAGGAAUAAGCACACACAUAUACGUACCCCCGUUGGUAACCCCCCCUACACACGCACAAACACAAUCACGCGAAACGAAGUCAAAAUGGAAAAUGAAAAAAAAAAUAACCAAAAACAAAACAGCGUUGAUGAAAACGAAUUCCCAAACUCGAAAGUUUUACUAGUGUCUGUAAAAAGAACCAGGAGAUUUCUAGAGAGAACGGCCAGGGAAUUACUAGCAGGAGGAACAAGGUACAUUAUCCUCAGUGGUUUAGGAGACGCUUUACCAUUAUGUGUGCAACUACAAUCGUCCCUUCAGUCCAAAAAUGCAGCCGUUGUUGUUAAAAUAGAAACGUCCUACAGUUACUUUAACUCGAAUUAUUCGUACACCCCAGGGCUAAAAAUUUAUAUGGAAAAGCACCCAGAUUUUAAAGGCUCCAGAAUAUCUCCAGGAUAUGUCAGCUUCCAUGAAAAGACCGAUGGGUUUACUCCCAUUUUUGAUGAAAAUCCAAAUGAAUAUAUUUGCUCCGUGAAUGCGGGAGAUAGUAACUUAUAUGUAGGGGGUGAGGGUAUCAACGGAGCCUUUGCCGAUUUGUUGUCUUCGCAGAACCAGGAGGUUGAUAAGUAUGAGGAUUUGUUUAAGGAUCUGCUGAACAAAGCUGUGAAGGAGCACGGCGAAAAAACCGACGAGGAAAUCAAGUCCGUGAUAAACGAUAAUCUAGACAAAAAAUACCCAGACGUAAAGCUAGCCCUCUGUAGAAUCCGAAGCAGCUUAAAGAAGGGCAACGACUUCACCACGGGAUCUGUUUUCAUCGUGACAUUCAAAAAGAACUUCCCACACAAAAAGGAGAAGAACAUGGGUAUGGUGUAUGUUGUUGGACCCAAAGGAAAGAACUACAGCUCAGUUGAAGAAUUUCUGGAGGCGGUUCACGAAACGGCAGAAAAUCUCAUGACGGCUUUAUGUGAUUACAACGGUUUGGUCAAACGUGAGGAAAUCAAACACGUCAGAAUGAACACGUGUAGAAUCUGCCUCUUUUCCGGAAGCAUAUACAAGCACGCCAAUGCUUCCAAGCUGGAUGUGGCCAAAGCUAUCUUGAACGGGUUGGCCGUUGGGUACAGACACGGACCAUCCCCCAGACUGAACUUUACCUACGACGAAAAUGUGUUUAAGGACGCUUGGAUAGAGACCACGGGACUGCAGGUUUUCAACCACAACGAUAAGGAAUAG